AUGGCAGGAGAUGAACCCAGGAGCCCUUACAGAAGUAGGAAUGUGGUACAGUCCAAUUUGAUCCCAACAGGCAGGCGACCUGGAACAAGACACUAUCAAUAUGGACUUCCUGAUCUGGUUCCUGAUGCUCUUUUCAUCCAAACUGCCACGUAUAUCCAGAGGGUUCCUUUGUACAGUCUUCAGUGUGCAGCAGAAGAAAACUGUUUAGCCAGAUCAGCCUACUCACCAGGUAUUUUAGAAAUAAGCUCUAGAGUUUUACUUCGUUUCCCUCAAAGAGUUAAAAACCGUGGCACAGCAGACUUCUUACCAGUGAAGCCAAGGCACACAUGGGAAUGGCACAGCUGCCACCAGCAUUAUCACAGCAUGGAUUCCUUUAGUAAUUAUGACCUUCUGGACUCAGCGACCCAUCAAAAGGUGGCAGAGGGUCAUAAGGCCAGCUUCUGUCUGGAGGAUACCUCCUGUGAUUUAGGAGUAAGGAGAAGAUAUGCCUGUACAGCACACACCCAGGGACUGAGCCCAGGAUGUUAUGACACUUACCAUGCCAACAUUGAUUGUCAGUGGAUUGAUAUUACGGAUGUACUCCCAGGAAAAUAUAUUCUCAAGGUCUCUGUGAACCCAAACUUCCAAGUCCUGGAGUCAGAUUUCUCCAAUAACGCAGUGCGAUGUGAUCUGACCUACACAGGAAGCUAUGUAAUAACUCGUAAUUGCCGCCUUUCCAGGUAA